UUGCAAGCUGAGGUUCAACAACUGAAAUCUGGAGGAGUUAAGAAUGUAUCUGUUCAAAAAAGUGGAGCUGAAAGUGCUCAAGCUGGUGGAGCUGAAGUCGCUCAAGCGGGUGGAGCUAACGCUGUAGCUGAAGCUGCUAAAAAUAGUCUUGAAAAAGCACACGGAAUUGAGGCCCCUGAAGCUGUGGUGCUCCAUCAAGGUCAAAAGUUCAUAAACUUUGAUCCUCUUUUCAAAGGCAUGCAAUCGAAAGGAAAUGAAUUUGUUUUCUGCAGGUUGCAAGCUGAGGUUCAACAACUGAAAUCUGGAGGAGUUAAGAAUGUAUCUGUUCAAAAAAGUGGAGCUGAAAGUGCUCAAGCGGGUGGAGCUGAAGUCGCUCAAGCGGGUGGAGGUAACCCUGUAGCUGAAGCUGCUAAAAGUCUUGAAAAAGCACACGGAAUUGAGGAAGAGAAGAAUAAUGGCGCAGUCGAGGAUAAGAAUGUUCAACAAAUUCCUGUCCCUAACAACAUUGCAGCUGAGAAGACUAGUGAGGACGAGAAGAAGGAUGCCCCUGAGAAGACUAGUGAGGAUGAGAAGAAGGAUGCCCCUCAAGUAGUUGCACCACCUCAACAUCCCGGAGAUCGUGUAAAAUUGGCUUUUCCAGCAGAUGGCGAUGAUGAUGCUGACAAACCUGUUGUUAAGGGAGGAGAUUAUGAUGAUAAAAUGGAUGUUGACAAAGGAAAUGGUGAUAAUGUUCAACCUGCCGCAUAA